UCCCAACCGAACCCAUCUUCCCAAGCUUUCCAGAACACAGAGAGAGGCUGGGAUUCGGGCGCGAUUUCUCAUCUCUCUCUGUUUCAAACGAAUAUGGCUUGCUCAAUCUCGUCCAAGGCUAAGCUUCUCUCUGCUUUUGUCGCUGAUGGGCUCUCUCUCGCUGCAAGCAGGCGCGGAUACGCGGCAGCGGCGUCAUCACGGGGUGUUGUAACGGGUUCCGUAAGAGGGGCCGCCGGCGCCGGACGUGGGGGCGUGAUGGCGAAGAAAGGAGGAGAGGAGACAGCAAAGACUUCGUCCUGGGUUCCAGAUCCGGUCACCGGCUACUAUAGGCCGGAGAAUCACGCAAACGAGAUCGACGUGGCUGAGUUGCGCAACAUGCUCUUGAAGAACAACAUCAGACGCCACUGACGACGGAGUAGUCAUUGGAAGAUCAGAAACUAUGAAAACAACCAGCGGCGGCGUGGUCGCCGGAAUAUGGUCAGUGAAGGUGUUGCUUGCUAGGAAAGUUGGGGUCUCGCUCACGGCGAAUCCCAACAAUUUCUUUCUACUAGUAGGCGCCUCUGCCAUUUGGCAGGGGCGGUCGGUUCUUAAUAGUGCUGUUAGUUUCCUAGUCUUACUGUUACGUUAUCUCAAUCAAUGGCAGACUCUUUCACUUAAAACUACAAAUUCAUAGCAUUAUUAUUA